AAAAUAUUUGAGGGUAUAUAAAAAAAAUCUAGCUAUUUAACGAACGCACGCAUACUUAAUUAAAAGCCUACUCAUCAGUCAGUAUUGGAUUGCAUCAUACAUCUUAAUUAUAAAUUGACAAUAAACCAUAUCUCUCUUCACUGAGUUUAAUAUCCUUUAUAAUCAUUUGCCUGCUUUUUGAAAUAAUUCUGUAAGAUAAAAGCCUAAAACUUGUUGCACAUUUUAAAGAAAAUAAUUAUAUAUAUAAAUGUAUAUGUAUAUAUUGAUUAUAAGGAAUCGGGUUGCAAGAGCGAAAAAAUAGUGUCGAUUUGUGCCUCAGAGCGUUACCCAUUGAUACAUUUAAAUGAUAAAUGGGAUCUGAACUCUAUUAAUUUAAAUACAAUGUAUUAUAUUUUUAUGUGACAUUUCAACCUUGAUUUUUAACAGAUUGAGACGAAGUUAAUUUAUAAAUGCAUCGUUUAGUUAUGGAAUGUUAUUUUUUCAUUAUUUUAUUCUUGUGUUUCAAAUUGAAUUAUGGACAAAAUUCCACAGCAGAUGAUGAUUGUGAGGACCUUGAAAAAGGAGCAUGCUUUCUUGUCUUGGACCGACCGUAUCUUUGCUACCGACCCAACAACCAGAUCAAAUGUUGUUCAACUUGCAAACAAUUUUUCACAAAUAUAGAAGGCUGUGAAUAUGGGAAUCGCCGAAAGGUUUGUGAUAAAAGAUUUUGUCCAAAAAAUGACAGAAUAGACCCUUUCUGUUGUUGGACUUGUGGAGGCUAUACGACAACAACAACGACAACAACAACCACCACCACCACAACAACAACAACAGAACAACCAACGACGACAACAAUCACUACAACAUCUACAGAACCAACCACAACAGCGACCGAACAAACAACAACUAAAACAAUAAAUAUAUACACCCCUAUUCGGUAUUGGAAACGUGCCAGAGAUAUUUUACACUCCAGAUAUCGGCUUAAUGCUAUAUGGAAUGCUCUAAAAAGGACGUUUUUCCUCGACAUCGAUGAUGAAAAGAAUUAAUUUGAAUGAACAUAAUGGAUUACACCAUUUUCAUUUACGUUCAUGAUUUACGGUAUAAAUUUGAACAAUGUGACCAGAAUAUUUAUGUUCUCAGUUGUAAACAGUUUACUAGAUAGCUAAUGA